AUGACUAAAGGAGAUGAAGACAAAAUCGAAAGAAGAAUAUUUGGGUUAAAAAUAAAUAACAUGACACGACAAUAUGAGAAAAGAAAUAAUAUAGAAAUACAAAAAUUAUAUAAAGAGCCAGACAUAGUAGCAGUAUUAAAAAAUAGGAGAAUGGCAUGGGCCGGUCAUGUAUGGAGGUCAAAUGGUCUUAUGAAAGAGGUUUUAAAAUGGAAACCCCAGGGAAAAAGACCACUUGGCAAGCCAAAACAAAGGUGGAUUGACAAGGUGGAGAAGAAUUUAGCAGAGAUUGAAAUACGAGAUAGAGAAACAAUAGCACAGGAUAGAGACAGAUGGAAGCAAGUUUGUGUUGUGGUAAUGGGCCUCAAUGGCCUUUAA